CCUGAUUGGACGAGGAGGAGCAGCAUCUGUGUGUUAUUGGUUCGCGUGAAGUUCAGCGCAGAGCCAGGAAGAGAAACAGCAGCAUUAGACGAGCAAACACCCGCGGGACCGCGACGCUUUACCGCGCGUUGAACUGCUCUCCUCAGGAAGCAUGUGAUGACCCAUGCUCGGAAAAACACUUCCAUUGGCCAGCAUCACAGCGAGGGGCGGGGCCACAGACAAAGCUGGUCACAUGGUGAAACAGUGGGCGGAGCCUGGCCUGCGCAUUCAAUGCAAGAAGGCAAGGCCAAGAAAGUCAAGGAGAGUCAAUGUUUGGCAGAACGUUCAGUGAAGAUGAAUGACAGUAAGAGUAAGAAAGGAAAGUCCUCUGCUAGGAGUGAGUGCCAUCGGAAGCUCUACCCGCUCCGAGGAAGAAGCGAGGCCUUGGGUUGUCACGUUCUUCUCACUCGCCUACAUAAUGAGACCAACAGAGAUCCAGAACACAAAAAGACAAAAACAGCCCACAAGAAAGCAGAGAAAACCAGGGAGCCGUUGCAGAAACGCCUCAAAACCUUCGAUGAACCUUCGGCUCAGGAGCCACGCAAACGCAGACUAGCGUCGCUAAACGCCGAGGCGCUCAACAGCCUUCUGCUCGAGAAAACCGACAGAGCGUCACACGCCAAACUCACCAAGAAACAAACCACUACAGAGCAAACCAAGACCUGCUCCAAAAGAGCCGGGAAGACCGAGACGUGCCCAAACCUCACGAAGGAACAGGAAGUGAGUUUGUACACUCCUGUUCCCCGACGCUUGGCCGGACUCAACGCCGCCGCGCUGCUAAAGCUCACCAGCUCCACCGCUAACAAGCACCGAGUCAGACCGGACAGACACAAAGCAGCGCACAAGCCCAAGAAACCACAGCCAGAAUCACAAGACGCCUGCCAAGUGUGCAGAAACAGGAGCUUGGAUAAACCCGGAUACCAGAGCAUGCUGGGAUACGCUCCGGUGGAGCUGGUGAAGGAGGAGGCGGAGCUGAGUCCGUGUUUCUGCUGUCCGCCGGAGUAUCUGACGCUCUUCCUGGACGAGGAGCGCCUGGUUCUGUGUGCUGACCCCUGCUGCUCCAGCUACUACGUCCACAUCGCUCGCCCCGGGCCCAGUCUAAGCCCCGCCUUCUGCUGCCGCCCGGCCUGUGAGGUCAGAGGAUUCACCUUCAGCCGCCCCGACCUGCUCCUGCCCCUGCUCCAGCUGCAGCCGCCCCAUCAAAACAGUUGUGAUGAGCGUGUGUUUGAUUGUGCUGUUUCAGAAGAGGAGCACAGUCACACGGUCUCCGGAUGUCCCAGCAUGCCCCGAGUGACCCCAGCCGUCCCCAGUCUCCUGUCCUCCAUGUCUGACCGCAGGCUUCAGAUGGGCAAAGAAUGCCCUCAAAACCCCAAACCGCCCCACGGCUCGCUCACUACGGGCUACAGCAGAUCGUCCCAGACGCGUCCCACAGGAAGUGCCAAACAGCAGCAGAAGGCCACGAACGGAUGGCGUCCCGUCGGAGUGUCCACGGAGAAGGAGGUGUUUAUAGCGGGCGAUGACCAGACGGUUCUCCGUCAGUGUUAUGAAGGAGUGGAGCGGGACGGAGAGGUGAUCCGGGUGCGAGACACGGUGCUCUUACGGUCCGGACCGCGCAGGAAAUCUCUGCCGUACGUGGCCAAGAUCUCGGCUCUGUGGGAAGACCCCAGAACAGGAGAGCUGAUGAUGAGUCUGUUCUGGUAUUAUCGUCCGGAGCACACGCAGGCCGGCAGAGAUCCCAGCAUGCACUGCGAGAACGAGAUCUUCGCCUCCCGUCACCAGGAUGAGAACAGCGUGGCCUGCAUCGAGGAGCGCUGCUAUGUUCUGCCGUUAGCACAGUACUGCAGAUUUUGUGCCUUGGUGAAGCGGCGCUCGGAGGGCGUGCCUGACCACGCCCCGCUCAUGCCCCGCCCCUCUGACAGCGCUGGCCCCGCCCACCGCCUGCUUCCCGACGGCGUGGAUCCGCAGCUGGUGUAUCUGUGCAGACACGUCUAUGACUUCCGCUACGGACGCAUCCUGAAGACGCCGCAGUGAAGCUGGUUCUGUUCCUCUCUCUGUCAUGUUCACUGGACUGUCACACUGCUGAGGGCUGACGGAGGAACCUCUUUCAGAAAACAUCUCCACUGGUUUAGGACUAGACCAUAGAUCC